UCAUAGGAUACCUAGGAGCUAAACCUGGGAUGGAUCAUCUUUCAUCGGAAAAUUUGUUCUCUGAAAUGGAGGUGGACGAUGCAGCUUUUGUGAAUGAAUGGAUGGACACACUCGACAAUAAUUUUGUUCAUUUUUGUCCAAACGAUCCCUUCUUUCCACCAGCUUGCAGUACUGGUAAUAAUGGAUUUUAUGGAACGGAAAACAAUGACGGAGGCGUUAUACGGAAGCCGGCGGUGAUGAAUUCUGUUCAGUGUCAGCCGUCGGCGAUCUCCGCCUCCCCGUUGAUUACUGCCGUCAGCUGCAACCCUAGUGGCGGCAGCGAGAAUCCGGUGGUGAAGGUGAAGAUGAAGAUGAAGAGUGAGAUGGAUCACAGGGAGUCUUCGGGGAAAACUAUGAUUAGUUUCAUGCCGUCGUCGUCGUCUCAUCAAGAUUAUUAUUGUUCCGGCCGCGGUAACGACGAGCACCGUGAGAGCCUAAUCAGGACGAUAGAGUUUGGGGCGGGGAAGGGGAAAACGGGUUCCGCCGUUAGAUCCCCUCUGCAAGCUCAAGAUCAUGUUUUGGCUGAACGAAAACGACGAGAAAACCUUACACAGCGAUUCAUAUCCUUAUCUGCCCUCAUUCCUGGCCUAAAGAAGUUGGACAAGGUAUCUGUGCUUGGAGACGCCAUUAAAUACAUAAAAGAGCUCCAAGAACGUGUGAGAACCCUAGAGGAGGUUGACCAGGAACAGACCAAGAGACUUGAAAACAAGGAAUUAAAGAAAGAACGAGUCUCCGGUCACGAUGAAGACUCGUCUUCAUUAUCUGAUAGUGAUGGCAACUGCGAAACCGGCACCGCCAUCGCCUUGCCGGAGAUUGAAGUCCGAGCUUCCGGUCAGAAUUUGCUAAUUAGGGUUCAGUGCAACAAUCUACAUAACCAUGGAGGAGUGAUUAAAGAAAUAUUUAGCGAAAUAGAGAGGCUCCAUCUAAGUAUCAACACCAGCCAUGUCAUGCCCUUUGGCAACACCACCUACAUAACCAUCGCUGCCCAGAUGGAUCAGCAUUUUAGCAUGGAAGCAAAGGAUGUUGCAGAUAUCAUAGGCAGCACUAUAGUAAGGCUCAUACGACAUGGAAAAUUGAGAUAGCUGGCUUACCGGCCCGUUGUGUAUAAUUAUUUUCACUCCAAGAAUAUAUUGAAGAUAAAUAUAUAUUUAGUCGUUCUAGACUCAGAUCUUUUGCUGGAUUCGCAGGUUAUUGAUAAGGCUCUUAGACCACCGUACCGGAAUGGCGGCCGGUCGGUCGGUCAAGAGAGUACGAUUUCGUCGGAAGGUUCCAUUGUUUGGUAAAAAGGGUUUUUGUUUUCGAGGUAGAGCCCUCGUUUUAUUACCCACGUGUCUCGAAUGGAACAGUCUGUUUUUUUAGUUUUAAACGACCAGUGGUACUUUUUCUUUUUUACUGUUUUGGGAGGCCAGUCAAUAGGGCACGUGUUCUUUUGGCU